AUGGUUGAGUCCAGCCUCCACGGCAGCGGCUCCUUGUGCCACUAGCAGCCCGUCUUCUGCGCUCUCCGCCUUUUCUCUCUAGACUGGCUCUCUCCUCCCCCCGCGCCCCCCUCCCCGCAUCUCCCACUCGCUGGCUCUCUCUCCAGCUGCCUCCUCUCCAGGUCUCUCCUGGCUGCGCGCGCUCCUCUCCCCGCCUCGCCCCCUCCCGCAGCCUCGCCGCCUUGGUGCCUUCCUGCCCGGCUCGGCCGGCGCUCGUCCCCGGCCCCGGCCCCGCCAGCCCGGGUCUCCGCGCUCGGAGCAGCUCAGCCCUGCAGUGGCUCGGGACCCGAUGCUAUGAGAGGGAAGCGAGCCGGGCGCCUAGACCUGCAGGAGGCGUCGGAUGCGCGGCGGGUCUCGGGACCGGGCUCUCUCUCCGGCUUGCCUUGCCCUCGGGUGAUUAUUUGGCUCCGCUCAUAGCCCUGCCUUCCUCGGAGGAACCAUCGGUGUCGCGUGCGUGUGGAGUAUCUGCAGACAUGACUGCGUGGAGGAGAUUCCAGUCGCUGCUCCUGCUUCUCGGGCUGCUGGUGCUGUGCGCGAGGCUCCUCACUGCAGCGAAGGGUCAGAACUGUGGAGGCUUAGUCCAGGGUCCCAAUGGUACUAUUGAGAGCCCGGGGUUUCCUCACGGGUAUCCGAACUAUGCCAACUGCACCUGGAUCAUCAUCACGGGCGAGCGCAAUAGGAUACAGUUGUCCUUCCAUACCUUUGCUCUUGAAGAAGAUUUUGAUAUUUUAUCAGUUUACGAUGGACAGCCUCAACAAGGGAAUUUAAAAGUGAGAUUAUCGGGAUUUCAGCUGCCAUCCUCUAUAGUGAGUACAGGAUCUAUCCUCACUCUAUGGUUCACAACAGACUUCGCUGUGAGUGCCCAAGGUUUUAAAGCAUUAUAUGAAGUUUUACCUAGCCACACUUGUGGAAAUCCUGGAGAAAUCCUGAAAGGUGUUCUCCACGGAACGAGAUUCAACAUAGGAGACAAAAUCCGAUACAGCUGCCUCUCUGGCUACAUCUUGGAAGGCCACGCCAUCCUGACCUGCAUUGUUAGCCCAGGAAAUGGUGCCUCGUGGGACUUCCCAGCUCCCUUUUGCAGAGCUGAGGGAGCCUGCGGAGGAACCUUACGUGGGACCAGCAGCUCCAUCUCCAGCCCGCACUUCCCUUCAGAGUACGAGAACAACGCAGACUGCACCUGGACCAUUCUGGCUGAGCCCGGGGACACCAUUGCUCUGGUCUUCACUGAUUUUCAGCUGGAAGAAGGAUACGAUUUCUUAGAGAUCAGUGGCACGGAAGCUCCAUCCAUAUGGCUAACUGGCAUGAACCUCCCCUCUCCAGUUAUCAGUAGCAAGAAUUGGCUACGACUCCAUUUCACCUCUGACAGCAACCAUCGACGCAAAGGAUUUAAUGCUCAGUUCCAAGUGAAAAAGGCGAUUGAGUUGAAGUCAAGAGGAGUCAAGAUGCUGCCCAGCAAGGACGGAAGCCAUAAAAACUCUGUCCUGAGCCAAGGAGGUGUUGCAUUGGUCUCUGACAUGUGUCCAGAUCCUGGGAUUCCAGAAAAUGGUAGAAGAGCAGGUUCUGACUUCAGGGUUGGUGCAAAUGUACAGUUUUCUUGUGAGGACAAUUACGUGCUCCAGGGAUCCAAAAGCAUCACCUGUCAGAGAGUUACAGAGACGCUCGCCGCUUGGAGUGACCACCGGCCCAUCUGCCGAGCUAGAACAUGUGGAUCCAAUCUGCGUGGGCCCAGCGGUGUCAUCACCUCUCCGAAUUACCCGGUUCAGUAUGAAGAUAACGCACACUGCGUGUGGGUCAUCACCACUGCCGACCCGGACAAGGUAAGGCUCCACCUCCAACCCCUAUGGCUAAUGCACACCACCCUCAUGGAGACUCAGCAAGACUGGAGACCUCCCAGCGCAGGGAGGGAGGAACACGGGACCCCGGGCCAUGGGGAGGGAGGAACACGGGACCCCCGGGCAUGGGGAGGAGGAACACGGGACCCCGGGGCAUGGGGAGGGAGGAACACGGGACCCCGGGGCAUGGGGAGGGAGGAACACGGGACCCCGGGGCAUGGGGAGGGAGGAACAUCGUAUUCUCUCGGACCUUACACCCCUGCCGCCUUCCCCCUGCAGCGGCCUCCAGUAGGUGCCGUGGGUGUGGGAAACAGGAGAGAGGCAGAUGACACCGUGGGUGAGAGGCAGAGCCUGAGGCAGGUGGGCAUUCCUGCUACUUUCGCAGAGGAGUCUUGGGCCACCUGCCCCCACCAGCCCUCAUCAGGAAGAGCAGGUGGGAUGAUUUGGCUAAAUCCUUACAGCGUUCAGACUGUGGUCAUCAAUGACCACACCAGAAAUACCCUGAUCGUGUCCCAAGAACAGAAUGAAACCUCUCAAGUAUUCACGACGUGCCUAUCUGUGAAUAUAACCACGAAGGUUAUAGAAACAUGUGGUGCAAGCCUGGUUGGCCAUGAAGCUUCUUUUCAAGGAGGCGCAAAGUGGAAAACAGGCAAGCAAGCAAAUAGCAAGAUUUCAGGUGUCAUAGCGGCUAAGGAAAGCAAACCAGUAAAUAAGGAAACAGCACUGAGCGAAGGGGUGGAGACUGAUGAGGUCAGAGAAAGGAACUUAGGGAUGACGCACCCACAAGAAGCAAAGCAAACACCGAAGCGGGCGUCUGCGUGGCAAUGUGUGGCUCUGUGGUGGAGGCAUCUGCGUGGCAAUGCGUGGCUCUGUGCGGGCGUCUGCGUGGCAAUGCGUGGCUCUGUGGUGGAGGCGUCUGCGUGGCAAUGCGUGGCUCUGUGCAGGCGUCUGCGUGGCAAUGCGUGGCUCUGUGGUGGAGGCAUCUGCGUGGCAAUGCGUGGCUCUGUGCGGGCGUCUGCGUGGCAAUGCGUGGCUCUGUGGUGGAGGCAUCUGCGUGGCAAUGCGUGGCUCUGUGCGGGCGUCUGCGUGGCAAUGUGUGGCUCUGUGGUGGAGGCAUCUGCGUGGCAAUGCGUGGCUCUGUGCGGGCGUCUGCGUGGCAAUGCGUGGCUCUGGGGUGGAGGCGUCUGCGUGGCAAUGCGUGGCUCUGGGGUGGAGGCGUCUGCGUGGCAAUGCGUGGCUCUGUGGUGGAGGCUUCUGCAGAGGGAAGUGGGGCUGAUAUCAGGGAUGGCUUCAAGGAGCAGGUCUUCCUUGAAACAGAGGAUAGAGUGUGAGGAACCCCAGGCAUAUGGGGAGGGGUAUCUGCAAGAGCAGAGUCUAGACAGGACAAGCACAGGAACACGCGAGAGCCUAGUGUGUGUGACGACCAGGGUGAGAAGGGGAGAAGGUGGACUCGGGGUGGGGAGCGGGACCCAGUCCAGGGAGCACCCUGCCUGCCCUCCUAGCAAGGGUGGCUUUGCUCCGAAAGGGCUUCGAAAACUGAGAAGAUGUGCCCGCUCAGUACUGUAUCGGAAGAUAUGUGAGAGACCCAAGAGUGCAAAUAUGGCCUUCCAGAGCUUAAAUGCCUUCUGGCUUGGCUUAUCAAACAACCGAGUUGACUUCUACCUCUGCCCCUGGCUGCUUCGCACCUGCCAAUUUGUACCGGAGAUAUUUAUCAACACAUCUCUGAAACUCAUUACUGGUGUUUUACUGCAUCCUCAAGAGGAACGACUCUGCCCAGGUACCCAGGUGCCUGAACAGAUACAUGGACAAGAGGCUGUACAGUCUUUGAAAGAGGGUCUUGCUAUCUGUAUUUCUAGGGCUUGGCUAUUUAAAGCAGCAGGACCCUCCUUUGAGGUGGAAGUCGAUGUACUUGUUGCCUUACAUAAAGGCUUUGACAUUUCUCUUCCAUGCAGGCUCACGGGAUCCAGUGUUCCUGACCUCAUCGUGAGCAUGAGCAACCAGAUGUGGCUACAUCUGCAGUCGGAUGAUAGCAUUGGCUCACCUGGGUUUAAAGCUGUUUACCAAGAAAUUGAAAAGGGAGGGUGUGGGGAUCCUGGAAUCCCCGCCUACGGGAAGCGGACGGGCAGCAGUUUCCUCCAUGGAGACACACUCACCUUUGAAUGCCCGGCGGCCUUUGAGUUGGUGGGGGAGAGAGUUAUCACCUGUCAGCAGAACAAUCAGUGGUCUGGCAACAAGCCCAGCUGUGUAUUUUCAUGUUUCUUCAACUUUACGGCAUCAUCUGGGAUUAUUCUCUCACCAAAUUAUCCAGAGGAAUAUGGGAACAACAUGAACUGUGUCUGGUUGAUUAUCUCGGAGCCAGGAAGUCGAAUUCACCUAAUCUUUAAUGAUUUUGAUGUGGAGCCUCAAUUUGACUUUCUUGCGGUCAAGGAUGAUGGCAUUUCUGACAUAACUGUCCUGGGUACUUUUUCUGGCAAUGAAGUGCCUUCCCAGCUGGCCAGCAGUGGACAUAUAGUUCGCUUGGAAUUUCAGUCCGACCAUUCCACUACUGGCAGAGGGUUCAACAUCACUUACACCACAUUUGGUCAGAACGAGUGCCAUGAUCCUGGCAUUCCUAUAAACGGGCGGCGCUUUGGUGACAGGUUUCUACUCGGGAGCUCGGUUUCUUUCCACUGUGACGAUGGCUUUGUCAAGACCCAGGGAUCCGAGUCCAUCACCUGCAUCCUGCAAGACGGGAACGUGGUCUGGAGCUCCACUGUGCCCCGCUGUGAAGCUCCAUGUGGUGGACAUCUGACAGCGUCCAGCGGAGUCAUUUUGCCUCCUGGAUGGCCAGGGUAUUAUAAGGAUUCUUUAAAUUGUGAAUGGAUCAUUGAAGCAAAACCAGGCCACUCUAUCAAAAUAACUUUCGAUAGAUUUCAGACAGAGGUCAAUUAUGACACCUUGGAGGUCAGAGACGGGCCAGCCAGUUCAUCCCCGCUGAUCGGCGAGUACCCACGGCACCCAGGCACCCCAGUUUCUCAUCAGCCGGGAAUUUCAUGUACCUGCUCUUCACCACUGACAACAGCCGCUCACAGCAUCGGUGCCUGCAUCCACCUAGAGAGGCCUGCAGAUGACUGUGUUGAUUUACUAAUCCUGCUUGGACUCUGGCAAAACCCAUACUAUGCAAUUUUAUUAAUGACACUUCUUCAUGCUCAAAGAGGCCCGUGGCAAAGCUCUCUACAGACAAAAUGUGUUGCAGAUAUUACAGCCGCAGUCCUCAUCGACUGCAUUCGUUCUGUGCAUCCAGGUGUGACGCUAGAGUCAGACUCCUGUCUGGACCCGGGCAUCCCUGUGAACGGCCAUCGCCACGGCAGCGACUUUGGCAUCAGAUCCACAGUAACGUUCAGCUGUGACCCGGGGUACACACUAAGUGACGACGAGCCCCUCGUCUGUGAGAGGAACCACCAGUGGAACCACGCCUUGCCCAGCUGCGACGCCCUGUGUGGAGGCUACAUCCAUGGAAAGAGUGGAACAGUCCUUUCUCCUGGGUUUCCAGAUUUUUAUCCAAACUCUCUAAACUGCACGUGGACCAUUGAAGUGUCUCACGGAAAAGGAGUUCAGAUGAUCUUUCACACCUUUCAUCUUGAGAGUUCCCACGACUAUUUACUGAUCACAGAGGACGGAAGUUUCUCCGAGCCCGUCGCCAGGCUCACUGGGUCAGUGUUACCUCAUACGAUCAAGGCAGGCUUGUUUGGAAACUUCACUGCCCAGCUUCGGUUUAUAUCAGACUUCUCAAUUUCAUACGAGGGCUUCAACAUCACGUUUUCAGAGUAUGACCUGGAGCCAUGUGAUGAUCCUGGAGUCCCUGCCUUCAGCCGAAGAAUUGGUUUUCACUUUGGUGUGGGAGACUCUCUGACGUUUUCCUGCUUCCCGGGAUAUCGCUUAGAAGGUGCAACCAAGCUUACCUGCCUGGGUGGGGGCCGCCGUGUGUGGAGUGCACCUCUGCCAAGGUGUGUGGCUGAAUGUGGAGCAAGUGUCAAAGGAAAUGAAGGAACAUUACUGUCUCCAAAUUUUCCAUCCAAUUAUGAUAAUAACCAUGAGUGUAUCUAUAAAAUAGAAACAGAAGCCGGCAAGGGUAUCCACCUCCGAGCACGAAGCUUCCAGCUGUUUGAAGGAGAUACUCUCAAGGUCUACGAUGGAAAAGACAGUUCCUCACGUCCACUGGGCACCUUCACUAAAAAUGAACUACUGAGGCUGAUCCUAAACAGCACGUCCAAUCACCUGUGGCUGGAGUUCAACACCAAUGGAUCUGACACCGACCAAGGUUUUCAACUCACCUAUACCAGUUUUGAUUUGGUAAAAUGUGAGGAUCCGGGCAUCCCUAACUAUGGCUAUAGGAUCCGUGAUGAAGGCCACUUUACUGACACUGUAGUUCUGUACAGUUGCAACCCGGGCUAUGCCAUGCAUGGCAGCAACACCCUGACCUGUUUGAGUGGAGACAGGAGAGUGUGGGACAAACCGCUACCUUCGUGCAUAGCGGAAUGUGGUGGUCAGAUCCAUGCAGCCACAUCAGGACGAAUAUUGUCCCCUGGCUAUCCAGCUCCUUAUGACAACAACCUCCACUGCACCUGGAUUAUAGAGGCAGACCCAGGAAAGACCAUUAGCCUCCAUUUCAUCGUUUUCGACACGGAGAUGGCUCAUGACAUCCUCAAGGUCUGGGACGGGCCGGUGGACAGCGACAUCCUGCUGAAGGAGUGGAGCGGCUCUGCCCUUCCCGAGGACAUCCACAGCACCUUCAACUCACUCACCCUGCAGUUCGACAGCGACUUCUUCAUCAGCAAGUCUGGCUUCUCCAUCCAGUUCUCAACGUCAAUUGCAGCCACCUGCAACGAUCCAGGUAUGCCUCAAAAUGGCACCCGCUAUGGAGACAGCAGAGAGGCUGGAGACACCAUCACAUUCCAGUGUGACCCUGGCUAUCAGCUCCAAGGACAAGCCAAAAUCACCUGUGUGCAGCUGAAUAACCGGUUCUUUUGGCAACCAGACCCUCCUACAUGCAUAGCUGCUUGUGGAGGGAAUCUGACGGGCCCAGCAGGUGUUAUUUUAUCACCCAACUACCCACAACCAUAUCCUCCCGGGAAGGAAUGUGACUGGAGAGUAAAAGUGAACCCGGACUUUGUCAUUGCUUUGAUAUUCAAAAGUUUCAACAUGGAGCCCAGCUAUGACUUCCUACACAUCUAUGAAGGGGAGGAUUCCAACAGCCCUCUCAUUGGGAGUUACCAGGGCGCUCAAGCCCCAGAAAGAAUAGAGAGUAGCGGAAACAGCCUCUUUCUGGCGUUUCGGAGUGAUGCCUCUGUGGGCUUGUCGGGGUUCGCCAUUGAGUUUAAAGAGAAACCACGGGAAGCUUGUUUUGACCCAGGAAAUAUAAUGAAUGGGACAAGAAUUGGAACGGACUUCAAGCUUGGCUCCACCAUCACUUACCAGUGUGACUCUGGCUACAAGAUUAUUGACCCCUCAUCCAUCACCUGUGUGAUUGGGGCUGAUGGGAAACCCUCCUGGGAUCAAGUGCUGCCCUCCUGUAAUGCUCCCUGCGGAGGCCAGUACAUGGGAUCAGAAGGAGUAGUUUUAUCACCAAACUACCCCCAUAAUUACACAGCUGGUCAAAUAUGCCUCUAUUCCAUAACGGUACCAAAGGAAUUCGUGGUCUUUGGACAGUUUGCCUAUUUCCAGACAGCCCUAAAUGAUUUGGCCGAAUUAUUCGAUGGAACCCAUGCACAGGCCAGACUUCUCAGCUCGCUCUCUGGGUCUCACUCAGGGGAAACAUUGCCCUUGGCUACGUCAAAUCAAAUUCUGCUCCGAUUCAGUGCGAAGAGCGGUGCCUCUGCCAGGGGCUUCCACUUCGUGUAUCAAGCUGUUCCUCGUACCAGCGACACCCAGUGCAGCUCUGUCCCCGAGCCCAGAUAUGGAAGGAGAAUUGGUUCUGAGUUUUCGGCAGGCUCCAUCGUCCGAUUCGAGUGCAACCCGGGAUACCUGCUUCAGGGUUCCACGGCGCUCCACUGCCAGUCCGUGCCCAAUGCCUUGGCGCAGUGGAACGACACGAUCCCCAGCUGUGUGGUACCAUGCAGUGGUAAUUUCACUCAGCGAAGAGGUACAAUUCUGUCCCCUGGCUACCCUGAGCCCUACGGAAACAACUUGAACUGUAUAUGGAAGAUCAUAGUUACGGAGGGCUCGGGAAUUCAGAUCCAAGUGAUCAGUUUUGCCACGGAACAAAACUGGGACUCCCUUGAGAUCCACGACGGUGGGGACGUGACCGCACCCAGACUGGGAAGCUUCUCAGGCACCACGGUACCAGCACUGCUGAACAGUACUUCCAACCAACUCUACCUGCAUUUCCAAUCGGACAUUAGUGUGGCAGCUGCUGGUUUCCACCUGGAAUACAAAACUGUCGGUCUCGCUGCAUGCCAAGAACCAGCCCUCCCCAGCAACAGCAUCAAAAUCGGAGAUCGGUACAUGGUGAACGACGUGCUCUCCUUCCAGUGUGAGCCCGGGUACACCCUGCAGGGCCGUUCCCACAUUUCCUGUAUGCCAGGGACUGUUCGCCGUUGGAACUAUCCGUCUCCCCUCUGCAUUGCCACCUGUGGAGGGACACUGAACACUCUGGGCGGUGUAAUCCUGAGCCCCGGCUUCCCAGGUUCCUACCCCAACAACUUAGACUGCACCUGGAGGAUCUCAUUACCCAUCGGCUAUGGUGCCCAUAUUCAGUUUCUGAAUUUCUCUACCGAAGCUAAUCAUGACUUCCUUGAAAUUCAAAACGGACCUUACCACACCAGCCCCAUGAUUGGACAAUUUAGCGGCACGGAUCUCCCCGCGGCCCUGCUGAGCACGACGCAUGAAACCCUCAUCCACUUUUACAGUGACCAUUCGCAAAACCGGCAAGGAUUUAAACUUGCUUACCAAGCCUAUGAAUUACAGAACUGUCCAGAUCCACCCCCAUUUCAGAAUGGGUACAUGAUCAACUCGGAUUACAGUGUGGGGCAAUCAAUAUCUUUCGAGUGUUAUCCUGGGUACAUUCUAAUAGGCCAUCCUGUGCUCACUUGUCAGCAUGGGAUCAACAGAAACUGGAACUACCCUUUUCCAAGAUGUGAUGCCCCUUGUGGGUACAAUGUAACUUCUCAGAAUGGCACCAUCUACUCCCCUGGCUUUCCUGAUGAGUAUCCGAUCCUGAAAGACUGCAUUUGGCUCAUCACGGUGCCUCCCGGGCAUGGAGUUUACAUCAACUUCACCCUGUUACAGACGGAAGCUGUGAACGAUUACAUUGCUGUUUGGGAUGGUCCCGAUCAGAACUCACCCCAGCUGGGAGUUUUCAGUGGCAACACAGCCCUCGAAACGGCAUAUAGUUCCACCAACCAAGUCUUGCUCAAGUUCCACAGCGACUUUUCAAAUGGAGGCUUCUUUGUCCUCAAUUUCCACGCAUUUCAGCUCAAGAAAUGUCAACCUCCCCCAGCGGUUCCACAGGCAGAAAUGCUUACUGAGGAUGAUGAUUUUGAAAUAGGAGAUUUUGUGAAGUACCAGUGCCACCCCGGGUACACCUUGGUGGGGACCGACACUCUUACCUGCAAGCUCAGUUCCCAGUUGCAGUUUGAAGGUUCUCUCCCAACAUGUGAAGCCCAAUGCCCAGCAAAUGAAGUCCGGACUGGAUCAUCGGGAGUCAUUCUCAGUCCAGGGUAUCCUGGUAAUUAUUUUAACUCCCAGACUUGCUCUUGGAGUAUUAAAGUGGAACCCAACUACAACAUUACCAUCUUUGUGGACACAUUUCAAAGUGAAAAGCAAUUUGAUGCACUGGAAGUGUUUGAUGGUUCUUCUGGGCAAAGUCCUCUCCUAGUAGUCUUAAGUGGGAAUCAUACUGAACAAUCAAAUUUUACAAGCAGGAGUAAUCAGUUAUAUCUCCGCUGGUCCACUGACCAUGCCACCAGUAAGAAAGGAUUCAAGAUUCGCUAUGCAGCACCUUACUGCAGUCUGACCCACCCCCUGAAGAAUGGGGGUAUUCUAAACAGGACUGCAGGAGCGGUCGGAAGCAAAGUGCAUUAUUUUUGCAAGCCUGGAUACCGAAUGAUCGGCCACAGCAACGCAACCUGUAGACGAAACCCACUUGGCAUGUACCAGUGGGACUCCCUCACGCCCCUCUGCCAGGCUGUGUCCUGUGGAAUCCCAGAAUCCCCAGGAAAUGGUUCGUUUACCGGGAACGAGUUCACUUUGGACAGUAAAGUGGUCUAUGAAUGUCACGAGGGCUUCAAGCUUGAACCCAGCCAGCAAGCAACGGCCGUGUGUCAAGAAGAUGGGUUGUGGAGUAACAAGGGGAAGCUGCCCACUUGUAAGCCGGUCCCUUGCCCCAGCAUUGAAACUCAGCUCUCAGAACAUGUCAUCUGGAGGCUGGUUUCAGGAUCCUUGAAUGAGUAUGGCGCUCAAGUAUUGCUGAGCUGCAGUCCUGGUUACUACUUAGAGGGCCGGAGGCUCGCGCAGUGCCAGGCCAAUGGGACGUGGAACAUAGGAGACGAGAGGCCAGGCUGUCGAGUUAUCUCGUGUGGAAGUCUUUCCUUUCCCCCAAAUGGCAACAAGAUUGGAACGCUGACAGUUUAUGGGGCCACAGCUAUAUUUACGUGCAACACUGGCUACACACUUGUGGGAUCUCAUGUCAGAGAGUGCUUGGCAAAUGGGCUCUGGAGUGGCACCGAAACUCGAUGUCUGGCUGGCCACUGCGGUUCCCCAGACCCAAUUGUGAAUGGUCACAUUAGUGGAGAUGGUUUCAGUUACAGAGACACUGUGGUUUACCAGUGCAAUCCUGGUUUCCGGCUCGUGGGAACUUCCGUGAGGAUAUGCCUGCAAGACCAUAAGUGGUCUGGACAAACGCCUGUCUGUGUCCCCAUCACAUGUGGUCACCCUGGAAACCCUGCCCACGGAUUCACUAAUGGCAGCGAGUUCAACCUGAAUGAUGUCGUGAAUUUCACCUGUAACACGGGCUAUUUGUUGCAGGGUGUGUCUCGAGCCCAGUGUCGGAGCAACGGCCAGUGGAGUAGCCCUCUGCCCACGUGUCGAGUGGUGAACUGUUCCGAUCCAGGCUUUGUGGAAAAUGCCAUUCGUCACGGGCAACAGAACUUCCCUGAGAGUUUUGAGUAUGGAAUGAGUGUCCUGUACCAUUGCAAGAAGGGAUUUUACUUGCUGGGAUCUUCAGCCUUGACCUGUAUGGCAAAUGGCUUAUGGGACCGGUCUCUGCCCAAGUGUUUGGCUAUAUCAUGCGGACACCCAGGGGUCCCUGCCAAUGCCAUCCUGACUGGAGAGCUGUUUACAUACGGCGCCACCGUGCGCUACUCAUGCAGAGGGAGCCAGAGUCUCAUAGGCAAUGACACGAGAGUGUGCCAGGAAGACAGUCACUGGAGCGGGGCACUGCCCCACUGCACAGGAAAUAAUCCUGGAUUCUGUGGUGAUCCGGGAACCCCAGCACAUGGGUCUCGGCUUGGGGAUGAAUUUAAGACAAAGAGUCUUCUCCGCUUCUCCUGUGAAAUGGGGCACCAGCUGAGGGGCUCCCCUGAACGCACGUGUUUGCUCAAUGGGUCAUGGUCAGGACUGCAGCCGGUGUGCGAGGCUGUGUCCUGUGGCAACCCUGGCACGCCCACCAAUGGAAUGAUCGUCAGUAGUGAUGGCAUUUUGUUCUCCAGCUCGGUCAUCUAUGCCUGCUGGGAAGGCUACAAGACUUCAGGGCUCAUGACACGGCAUUGCACAGCCAAUGGGACCUGGACAGGCACUGCUCCCGACUGCACAAUUAUAAGUUGUGGGGAUCCAGGCACACUAGCAAAUGGCAUCCAGUUCGGGACCGACUUCACCUUCAACCAGACUGUGAGCUAUCAGUGUAACCCUGGCUAUCUCAUGGAACCAGUCACAUCCGCCACUAUUCGCUGUACCAAAGACGGCACAUGGAAUCAGAGCAAACCCGUCUGCAAAGCCGUGCUGUGUCCUCAGCCGCCACCCGUGCAGAAUGGAACAGUGGAGGGGACUGAUUUCCACUGGGGCUCCAGCAUAAGUUACAGCUGCGUGGACGGUUACCAGCUCUCUCACUCUGCCAUCCUCUCCUGUGAAGGUCGCGGGGUAUGGAAAGGAGAGGUGCCCCAGUGCCUGCCUGUGUUCUGCGGAGACCCUGGCAUCCCCGCCGAAGGGCGACUUAGUGGGAAAAGUUUCACCUAUAAGUCCGAAGUCUUCUUCCAGUGCAAAUCUCCAUUUAUACUCGUGGGAUCUUCAAGAAGAAUCUGCCAAGCUGACGGCAUGUGGAGCGGCAUACAACCCGCGUGCAUUGAUCCUGCUCAUAACACCUGCCCAGACCCUGGCACGCCACACUUUGGAAUACAGAAUAGCUCCAGAGGCUAUGAGGUUGGAAGCACGGUUUUUUUCAGGUGCAGAAAAGGCUACCAUAUUCAAGGUUCCACGACUCGCACCUGCCUUGCCAAUUUAACAUGGAGUGGGAUACAGACCGAAUGUAUACCUCAUGCCUGCAGACAGCCAGAAACCCCGGCGCACGCAGACGUGAGAGCCAUCGAUCUUCCUACUUUCGGCUAUACCUUAGUGUACACUUGCCAUCCAGGCUUUUUCCUCGCAGGUGGAUCUGAGCACAGAACCUGUAAAGCAGACAUGAAAUGGACAGGAAAGUCGCCUGUGUGUAAAAGUAAAGGAGUGAGAGAAGUUAAUGAAACAGUUACUAAAACUCCAGUUCCUUCAGACGUCUUUUUCGUCAAUUCAGUGUGGAAGGGAUAUUAUGAAUAUUUAGGGAAAAGGCAACCCGCCACUCUAACUGUUGACUGGUUCAAUGCCACAAGCAGUAAGGUGAAUGCCACCUUCAGUGAAGCCUCUCAAGUGGAGCUGAGGUUGACAGGCGUUUACAAGAAGGAGGAGGCCCACUUACUCCUAAAAGCUUUUCAAAUUAAAGGUCCGGCAGAUAUUUUUGUAAGCAAGUUUGAAAAUGACAACUGGGGACUAGAUGGUUACGUAUCAUCUGGACUUGAAAGGGGAGGAUUUACCUUUCAAGGUGACAUUCAUGGAAAAGACUUUGGAAAAUUUAAGCUAGAAAGGCAAGAUCCCUUAAACCCAGAUCAAGACUCUUCGAAUCAUUACCACGGCACCAGCAGUGGCUCUGUGGCGGCUGCCAUUCUGGUUCCUUUCUUUGCUCUAAUUUUAUCAGGGUUUGCAUUUUACCUCUACAAACACAGAACGAGACCAAAAGUUCAAUACAAUGGCUAUGCUGGGCAUGAAAACAGCAAUGGACAAGCAUCGUUUGAAAACCCCAUGUAUGAUACAAACUUAAAACCCACAGAAGCCAAGGCUGUGAGGUUUGACACAACUCUGAACACAGUCUGUACAGUGGUAUAGCCCUCAGUGCCCCAACAGGACUGAUUCAUAGCCAUACCUCUGAUGGACAAGCAGUGAUUCCUUUGGUGCCAUAUACCACUCUCCCUUCCACUCUGGCUUUACUGCAGCGAUCUUCAACCUUGUCUACUGGCAUACGUGCAGCGGGGAUCUCUACUGAAAUGUGCCAGAGUCUUCAGCGGAUCAAAGUACACCUGCGUUUUCAUUCCGAAAGUGGGUUCUAAAUGCCUGGCUGCACCUGUUUGAAAUCAAGGCACACUCCAGGAAGACUGCCACGUCACGCCGACACGUCGUACUCAAUGCCUCAGACUUUCGUAUUUCUGUGUUGCUGGGAUGCCUUUCAAUGCAAUCUUCUGGGCUCGUGGAUCUGUCCUUCGGGUGCGGUGACAAAAUGGUAGCACCACAAUAUGUGUUCUCUUGUGCGUGUGUGUGUGUGUUUUUUUAACCCCCAUGAACAUGAAUACUUUGAGAAAAAUAAAACAAGCUUUCUGGAAGAAGACACCUUUCUGAUAGAGGCACACACCUACAAAGGCUUCACUCUGUCCUUCUGAGACCUGGCAAGCUUUGAGGACCUCACAGCUCCCCUGUGUGUUCAUCUCUAGGGAUGUCUGCAAAUUUCCCAAUCAGCUGUUCUGUCGCAGAAUGUCUGAUGCACAAUUUUUUGCACUAGUGUGUUAUGAAUGACUGCGUAAGAUUCUGAUAAAAAAUAAAUUAUUUACACAGGGUUUAUACACACUAUCCAUUGUAUAUAAGCAUUCUUUCAUAUUAUCAAGCUAACCAUUCCACCAUCAGCUUAGUUGGAGUGUUAGGGAAAAGUAUUCCUAGAUAUGGCACAGAUUUAAAAGGAAAUACAGUAUUGAAGAGAUUUAUUUUAUUAUUGCUUCAAUUAGCUCCAUUUAUGUGUUGAAUUCAUUGAAGAGGUCCAAUGAGAAAAUAACAGAAGGCUCCUUAUUUCCCAGGUUUUCCUCCUUUAGUACCAUCCUCAUCCAAUUACUGUCUCUCCGAUACUACUUAAUAGCAGGGGGUUUGCAGAAAUUUCUGUUUGCCAUGUAAAACUGUGAAUAGUAAUUUAUUUUAGAUAGUUGUUGAACUUGUGAGUUUUAACUCACAAUGCAGCCUUCCCUUUUGCAGUUUUUUUGUUUUCUGUUUUUUGUUUUGUUUUUGUUUUGUCUUUUAGUGUGCCAUCGAUCUUUGAUAUUGCAUUGAAAGACAAUAUACCACAGUAGCACCUUGAACUCAGUGAAAAUUGUUCAGGAUCAAAAUACUAAGUGUUCUUUUAGAGGGAAGGAAAAAGUACACACACUGUCCUCUCACAAUGGUGUAUUUUAUACAUUCAUUUGUUAUUUGUUUCAUGCUUUAUAAUUCCAGAUGGAAAGGUAAUUUCAGUGACUUUUCAGGUUUAAAUUACAUUAUAGGUAAAUGAAAAGUUAUGGUACAAAUAAAAUCGGUAUGAUCCCCAGGGUGAAUAAAAAUCAAAACAUGAAGUAGAAGAUGUGACCAUGAGGAUGUUUAUGUAACAAAUUCAAAGUGAAGAUCAUGUUUAUUUUUACUUGUUUGAUAAAAUAUUUUUGAAAUGAUAAUACUUAUUUUAUUAUUUGAUAUUUCAGUACCUAUCCAAUUGUGGCAAAUUUUCACAUUUUAGAUUGGCAUUGGUAAUAGAAAUGUCAGAAUGUUCAAAUUGGCCUUCACGUUGUCGGAGUGAACACAUUCACACCUAGCUUUAAGACUGAUUUAUCUGUCGGUCUACUGAAGGUUUCCAUGUAGGACUUCAAAUGCGAAUAAAGGAAAAGCGGUCAGGAAAACAGGGCAUUCUCUGGAGAGUCACGCGUUUUGACUUGGACACUUCCGUAGAGCUCGGCUCCCAGUGCUGUGUUCCUCAGUGGAAGGGGUCUCUGCUGUCUGGGGACUCACUGGCCUCUCCUAGGGACUCCUCUGUCUUGUGAACCCCACACUGUUGGAUUCUGUAUCAUUACGCUGAAUUCUCUGCAGUUUUCCCUGGCCACCCUGCCCACAUCCUUGGAGAUUGGCUUUGCCAAUGGGAAUCCUUACCUUGCUGUUUCACAGUAGACUGGACGAGGUCAGCGGGAGUCGUGCUCCUAACACACACACUGAACGAAACAAAGAGAAGACGGUUGAAAGUGUGAGGAGGCUCGUGUGCAAGGGAGAACAGGGUUACUAUACAUAUUAGGUGUAUAUAUAUACAUACAUACAUAUAUAUAUAUUGUACAUAUCUAAGUUUGAGUCAUUCAAACUAGGUGCAAAAUGCUGACUUCAGAGUCUGAAUUAAUGUCUCUGUUCCCACAUCCCUGACCUGCUCCCUGGUCAAUGAUGCUAUGAAAUCCUGAAACGAAAGGACAUACAUACAUACAAGAAACCACAUAUCAGAUUAGAUAUGAUUUUCCUUUGUGUGCAAAGUCAAACUGUCCUAGGGUUGCCAGUUCGAAGCAUGUUAUUUAAAUGAAAAAAAAAAAAAUCAGUGGAAUUCUCUUGUGAGAAUUCUGCCUAGUUUCUUCCUAGGGUUGUGUGCAGUGUUGAACGGAGUCUCCGCAAGGUGUUGGAGGAUCUCGUUUUAGGGCAGUCAGGAGCUGUGCUUGCUGAGUUAGGUCUAGAAGACUCUUCCCUGAAGGCAACAGGAACACGCGUGAGGGACGUGACCACACGCUAACACAGGACAUGUGCUUCAGAGCUGUUUAAAACUGCUGCUUGUUUUACACACACAUCUUGCCUUUUUUCAGGCUAGCUGCAAUAAUUUUUUUCUUCUGUAAAAUAUUUUGUAAACAACAACAAAAAAGCUAUUAUAAAAAGGGGGAAAAAAAAAAGAACGCUGGCAUUAUGAUCAGGAAAACCCAUUGUCAUCGCCGACCCUCCCUCCCGUCCCACCACACGCUGCUGUCACGACGUAGGUGCGAAAGACCUUUUUGUACAGAGAUAUAUUUUUUAUGAAGAAUUUGUAAAAUUAUUAAAUAUGCUGUAAUUUUUUGAUUAAUGUAGGUACAUUGUUAAAAAAUAAAUGUUUUUACAAUACAGAACUGUAAUUUUCCCAAUAAUGUAAAAUGUACCAUCUCUAGCUGAUUUUCAGUUCCAAUCCUAUUACACAUGUAUUAAUAUUAAAGUGGCCUGUUAAAAUGAACAGUAUCUUUUUUUGUCGAAAAAAUUAUACAGAGGGUGUAAUAUAGCCUGUGCAAUGCCACCAAUCUUUAAAGCAAAUCAGAGUUCUAAUUAAAUAUUUAAUUUUAGAUUUCUA